AUGCAAGCGACAUCAGGAGAAACAACUUCGUUGCGGAGCUUCGCCAAGUUCUUGCCAUCUCACGAUACGGCCGUCUGCUUGGUCCCCCCGAAGAAAUUAUGGCCAUCAAUCAAUUCAGUACGAAGACUUUACGACAAAGCAUUUGAAAAAUGGCCGCCACACGUCAAUUUGGUCUAUCCCUUCGUCGGGCCAGAGGUCCUUUCCGAUGCCGUCGACAUGUUAUGCCAGAUAGACUUGGCAGCUUUGGUACCGAAAACGAUCAGUUUGCAGGAAGCAGACUAUUUUACACAUCGAAAUGACAACACCCUCAUACUCAGGCCAGGGAAACAUGGGCCAUCAACCUUCGCAGGUGAAUUGGUCAAUGGCCUUCGCCAACAAAUCGGCUGGUUAGCUCUAGACAGCUAUCAGCCGCACAUGACUGUCGGGCAGACUGAGGAUGCCAAGUCUGACUCGCACAACUUCCUGCUCAAUAAGGCGCGCCUCUUAACUCCAGUAAAUUGGGAGAUCAAACAGCUUGCUAUCCUUGUGCGAGAUUCAUCGCGGUCCAUGCGCCUUUGGGGCUAUGUAGACAUUCAAAACCAACAAUGCCAGCAAUCGCCAUCCCUGCUGGGCUUUCAACUCGAUGGGAGCAGCCAAGAGACACAAAGUCAGACGACAUUUGCGUUUGACUCGUCGACUCUCUCCUGGAAAACUGCUCUUCCAUCAACACCACCACCAGAUUCGAUCAGACAACUGGUUGUUGCGUCUUACAAUGUUCUUGCCGAAUUUGAAUGGCCACCCGAUACAAGCAGAUACCAGGGACUCAUAUCUACCAUAUUGUCCGAACGCGCUGCAGCUGAUGUAUUAGUCCUCCAGGAGGUCACGGACCAUUUCCUUCCGUAUCUGCUUCAACAUCAGGGUGUAUGUGCUAGGUACCGAUUUGCCACACAUGGGCCGCCUGGUCAGCCUGGUCACGGGCCACUACCAAACUUGCUCAAUAUUGUAGUUUUGAGCAAGUUAGCUUUCAGAUGGAAUUACGUACCAUUUGCCAGGAAACAUAAAGGUGCUGCGGUUGUCGAACUCGCCGUCUCUCACCAAGACCCGCAGAUGAUUUCCAAUCCACAGUCUAUAAUACUUGCAGCUUGCCACCUUACUCAAGGGUUGGCAGACGGCGCGGUAGUUGCCAAAAAGAAUGAACUGCACAAAUUGAUACAACAUUUAUCUACAGAGUUUCCCAAUCACCCGUGGGUUAUUGCCGGGGAUUUUAAUCUAGCGACAUCGGUUUUCACCAUUGAUCAGGCACGGAAAAGGGGGCAAUUGUCCUCUUGCGGAUACCAAUCUCUCUGUGAGAUAGAUGGCAUGUUCGCCAAUUACGGCCUGCAAGACGCAUGGCUUCUCACAAGGUUGCGCUCCGGGGUUUCACGAGACACGGUCGGAAGCUCUCAAUCUCCGGAAGACCUAUUCGAAGGCGAACAGGGGGCUACUUUUGAUCCUACAACAAACCCCUUGGCAGAAAAAGCAGUGGGAGGCAACCUCAACAACCGGCCGCAGAGAUAUGACAGAAUUAUAUUCAACGGUGCCCUUUCUUUGGCUGCCUGCGGGUUCAACACAUUCGGGUGGCCAGUAUGCGAUACUGGGGAUGGGCAAUCCGUAGCCAGCGACCACUGGGGCAUCCGUUGUCUCUUCAAGUAUUUGGAAAGGGAUGCGAAUUUUGCCGCCCAAAAUGCUAGUAAUUCGGUACUGACGAAGUUUCGCAAAUCUCCAUCGUCCCUAGGCGAUAUCGGAAGCUUGAAACACUCUUUGAUGAGUCUUGGCUGCUUGCCAACUCAAGCAGACCAGGAGGAUCGAAGCAAAGCUUUCCAGCUCUUACAAAGUGUCCUGUGCGAGCCUAACAAAAAUCAAACCAGACAUCAACUGCGAACUGGCCCUGAUAUGGUGCUUAUCCCAGUGGGCUCAUAUGGCCUAGGUGUCUGGACUCCAGAGUCUGAUGUGGAUUGUUUGUGUGUAGGGAACAUAAGCGCAAAGAUAUUUUUCGCUCUUGCUAUAUCAAGACUCAGAAGAGCUAAGAGUAGGGGCAUCAGCAUCCUUCGCAUAGUCCGUGCCAAGACGGGUAUUAUGCUUGAACUUAGUAUCUUCGCGGUUAAAUUUGAUCUUCAGUAUUGUGCUGCCGCUCUGGUUGCCGAGAAAUAUCCUGAUAUUAUGAACCACCCAGCCACUGACCCGGCGUUCAACUUGCCUGCUCAAACAUUAUCUAAGCUAAAGCCAGCGCGGGAUCUUGCCUAUUUGAAGAGAUCCAUUCCUGACAUGGCAAAAUAUCGCAUUGCUCACCUACUUCUUAAGGCAUGGGCCAAGUCCCGAGGGUUAUAUUCCUCAAAAUUUGGUCUGCUUGGGGGGAUUAACAUAUCUGUGAUGCUCGUGCCCAUCUGCAAACUACUGGCAUAUAAUGGGGCAAACGUAGGAACCAUCGAUAUCUUGACCACAUUUUUCCAUCACUACCGAAAUUUUGACUGGAGGAGGAACAUGGUCUUCGAUCCGUUGUUUCACGGUACUAUCAAGUACCACCGCACACAGCGAGAAUCCAUGUGCCUGCUGGGCUGGCAUACACCCUCUCUAAAUACAGCGCUCAAUGCUUCAGAUUCUACUAUUCACACACUUUCUGCGGAACUAAUACGAGCCAGUGAUCUCUUGUCGCAGGAAGGGGUCAACUGGGAUACAUUCCUGCGCGGAACGCAACCACCAUUGUCAUUCCCUGAGCUUACAGCUUGUAAUGCAGCGAGCUUUUUGGACGCAUACAGGAGCUAUGUCAAGAUUGAUGCGAGCUAUUGGGGCUCCUCUCCUAGCAAAGGCAGGAGGUUCGUUGGAUGGUUAGAAUCCCGGUGUGUCAUGGUCCUAGUUGACAUGAACAGGAAGCUUGCAGAUCUCGUGGCUCGCAUUUGGCCCGCAAGAUUCACUCUAAACGCCUCACACGGCACUGCUGAUAUUGGAAAUGAAGAGUUCAACUAUACUUAUCUGAUCGGCUUGACAUGGCAGCAUGACGACAUUGAGAACAAAACUAGAGAGGACACUCAACACGCAGAGAAAUCACUCAGUUUAAUUCUCAGGGACUUUGAGAAUCGCCUACGUCGUGAUCAGAAAUACUACGAUCCUUGCUCUUGCUGGAUAAUGACAUCACUGGUCAAUGCCCACGGCGUACGGCAGUUCCAGUUAGACCCCCAACCGUGGAAGGACGACAAUGCUGGAGACACAGACUCUGAAGAGGAUUUGGAACUUGUUGACAACGAGUCUGAUGAUGGCAAAGAAGAGCCGAAGGCUGGAGCUGCAAUAUCCCUGGCAACACCGAGUUCGGACCCCGUAUGGCGCAAAGCAUCACCGUCGGUUCUCAAAGCAGGUGGAUCAAGAAAGCUUCGGACUGCAGCAGAUGUUAUGAAUCGCCUACGCUGGGACUCUGCAAUGGACGCCAGUAACUAUUUGGUUGGCUAUGAGGACAGAUUCACGGGAGCCAAGGAGAAGGCCUUGGAACAAUGGAAAAGCGAGCAAACCGACGAGGAAUUCAUUCCUCAGCAUCGCAUUCUAUAUUUUAAGAGAAAGACGGACGGCUUUUUUGUUUGGGAAAGAAGCACGAGGAUUGAUCACAUCUUUGGCAGUGGUAUGUAA